UUUUUGCAUUAUAAAUAGUCUAAUUGGUUGGCGCCUAGGACAACAAACAGUUGCAGACAGGUGUACCGAGCAGCAUCUCUAGACAUUUGACGUGCGAAAAUUUGCCACAUUUGCUUGCCAAUUAGUUGACAAUUACUGCGUUUCGCGUCAUAAAAAUGAAAGGACUCGCCGUCGUUGCCGCUGUGCUGCUGUUUGUGUGCCUGGUAGCUAGCCAGAGCAACAACUAUUUCUGGGGCGUUCGGGAUCCGCGUGAUGCGCUGCUUAACCGCACCAUCGCCGUCCGGUCCGGUACGAUUCUGCAGGUCAAGUCGAUAGAUCUCGUGUACCCGGUGAAGGGCCAGGUAGGACGUAACAUUAGUGCCAUUAGCGUGACGGACCAGUACACCAACGGUAAGGGCGGGUACGCUAGCUUGUAUGCCGGCGGUAUCGGAUACAACUAUACGACGGUUCACCUGAAAUCGCAACGUGGCCAUGGGUACAACUUUAUCGUGGAAAUUUACGGCCGAUAGGGUGUCACGCUGCGACCGUCGGUGAGUUUGACGGUCGAGAUUCGGCAGACGAUAAAGGCACCCGUUCGCUGCUGGGGAAAAACACCGUAAAAGCUAAUGGGAACCUCAUGUAACAUGGCAAACAACCGCGGAUGGAUGCAUGGAUGGCUUGUCGAAUUCGAAUGAUGUUGGCCGGAGCCGGACCUCAGCGUAAAAAUGAGACUCGCGGUCAAAUGUAAAAGUCGUUACUAUGUAGCAUUAGUAAAUGAAUUUGCAAUUGCAACAAAAUCCUUUCCUUUGAGCUUUCUCACUCAUUGUUGCCCGUAUAAAUACACGCAUAGAAUUAGUAAUAAUUGGAAGCUUAUUCAAAUUAUAUUGCUUAUUUUGGGAGAUCUUUUGUAUCAGCUUC